ACUCAUGCCCUUCAUUUUUUACCUUGCUACUGGCAGCUUGCUAAAUUCCUCAUUGCCAAUAUGGGAAGAUGUUCCCCUACAGUUCCCCUUAAAAAACCAUAGUACACUAGUACAUGUGCUUGGAGAUUCUGGUAAUGUCUGUGACAUCUGCAGUUUUUUAAAGUACUAAAUGUACUAAGACAAAUAUUACCUGCUACAGAAGUUACAACACUGUUUUUGUAAGCUCAACCCUUCUACUGCCUCAUUUGCUUUCGGUCUACCUGACGCAAUUUUUGGUUUACACUUUACGAAAACAUGGCGUUAACCUUGCUGCAGCCACCAUUCCUAACUAAGGAAUAACCUUGCUGGUGGCAUUGCCAGAAAUGACAGUAAAGCGUUCCCUGGGCACACUAUUCCAGUACUAAUAUGUCAGAACAAGUGUUGUUAUUGUCACUUACGCAACUGGGAUGGUUUCAAUGUGAGGACAGAACUUGUGUCAUGAAGACAGGAAGCUUUUUAAGUACCGUAAAAUACAGAAUAUAAAUUUAUGUAACAUCCUGCUAAAGCUCUUGUGCAAACUGAUGUGAUAAGAUUUUUUUUUAUGGUACGGUGUCUAGAAAUCCAUCCAGUAGCAGAUCUCAUUCGCCUGUAGGACAGACAACAAGCCAUUUUAAACAGAAAAAAGCAUCAUGACUGAGCUGUUCACAAUAGACUACCAGAUGUCGACUAUCAAUUCCAGUUUUGGAAAUGUCACUCAGCGUCCAAAUCCACUCUCUGGAUCCUCGUCGCGUCUUGGAAUUGCCAUCCUAUCACUGGCUUUCAUCAUUGGUUUCCCCGGCAAUGCCUUCAUUAUAUGGACUGUGUUGACACGCAUGAAGAAACGCACCGUGACUUGUAUUCUUAUUUUGCAUCUGGCCAUAGCGGAUAUGGUUGUAAUCCUCACUGCACCAUUCUUCCUACAUUUUUUAGAUAAUGGCAACUGGGUGUUUGGGGAAAACGUUUGCAAACUUUGCCAUUACAUCGGCUGCCUGAGUAUGUAUGCAAGCAUUUGGCUAAUAUCUUUCAUGAGCAUGGACCGUUUUCUAGCUGUUGCCAAACCAUUUACCUCUCAGAUUAUGAGAACAAAGACAGCAGUGAGAGGUAUAGUUCUGGCUAUAUGGCUGGUAGCAUUUCUUUGUUCUAUUCCCAUGCCAUUUUAUCGCACUGUGUUGACAUUUCGCAACAUGACGAUCUGCAUGCCACUGCACAAAAGUCCUGGGCACAUAGUAUUCCAAUAUCUAUUUGAGACUAUGAUAGGCUUUUUAAUCCCAUUCAGUAUAAUUGUUUUCUGCUACCUUUACAUUUGCCUGCGCUUACGCACUGCAAAAUUUCAGAGCAAACAUAAGACAAAUCGCCUGGUUACCCUUAUUGUUGCAACAUUUUGCUUGUUUUGGCUUCCUUACCAUGUGGUGAAUAUCAUACAGGUAACUGGAGCACUUACAUCAGGCCCCACAGGACUGAAAUUAAUGAAAGCAGCACAAAAAGCCCGACCCAAUGUGACAGCCUUGGUCUUCCUCAGCAGUAGUGUCAACCCAGUACUGUAUGCAUAUGCUGGAGGCUCCUUUAUCAGAACUGCAGGGAUGGGAUUUAUGGCCAAGCUCUUUGAAGGAACCUCUUCUGAGGUCUCUAGUUUCAGGAAAGUGUCCCAAGCCUUUCGACAGAGAAGUCGUAAUGAGUCAGUGGAACUUGGAAAACUUGGAGAAACUCAAGAGGAGAGCAAGACAUUUUCUACCAAUCCAACAGAGUGAUUUGAUUGUUCCUUUAUAAAACAAUAUAAGCAGACCUAUCAUAUUUAUUAAAUAACAUUCACAUACAUGGACUUUGUUUAUAGACCAAGUAAUACUUGCAAGAUUAUUACUGGUUUAGUGUGCAUGUUUAAGCAUAUGCAGAAAAAGUAUAAAGAAAUGUCCUUGAAGGAGCAAUAAGGGUAACUGUAAAAAUCUGCUUGAUAGAUCAAUUCAAGUAAAUCAAAAAUUGUCACUGAUACACAUGUUAGCUAGUAUGCACCAUACUAUAACUGGAUAGGAUGGGAUAAAAGUAUAUUGCAUUUAUCCAUGUAUAAAGAAUGUAAUAUUCUUCUCUAUGCAUCUAUUAAGUUAUGGCAAGUUACGGGUCAAUAGGAGGAAUAUAUUGCAUUCUUCCAACUACAGUUGUUUCUAAGGUUAGUUCAUUAUUAGGCUUCCAAUUAUUCUCCAAACAUUCCUUUUAUUAAAUCAUUUUUGUGGCUUCAUUAUGAGUUAUUAUUUUUCGUUCCAGAAGUCCAAAGUCAUUGAUUACGUAAGAUUCCUGCCGGACAUUGUUUUAUAGUUCCAGUAUUUUCAUUGUAAAACGAGCUCGACUACAACUGGUGCUUGGAACAAAUGAAUAAAAUAUUCCAAAUCGUUGUUAAAGACUUUUAAGCAGUAUAGAUGGCCAACAGUUUUCGCCCUAGACCUAUUAAAAAGGCAGUAUUAAUACAUUCUGUUACAUUUAACAUCUUUUUAUUACUUUAUCUAAAUAAACUGUUACAAAAUUUCUUCCA